AAUAAGUUAAUAUCCAUAUUAUGUUGCAGCUGUGUUUUACAGAAUUCAAUGCUUGAUUAGAUGGCGUUGGAUCUCAUAUCCGUGCUGUGGUAUAUUAUUUUGAUUUACGUCAUCGUUCAGCUGGUGCGGUUCCCCAGGGCAGAUGCAGACCUCACAUUGCUCUGGGCAGAAUCUUUCGGUAGAAAACCCGCAGACCAGCUGUGUGGCAAAAUCGUGUGGAUAACUGGGGCGUCCAGCGGAAUAGGGGAGGAGCUGGUUUAUCAGCUGGCAAAAACCGGAGCUUCGCUCAUUCUGCCUGCAAGAAGAGAGAACGAGCUUCUCAGGGUAAAGCAGAACUGCAUUGAGCAGAGCAGCUUACAAGAAAAGGAUAUUCUUGUUCUUCCGCUUGACUUGAACGCAAGAGGCUCCCAUGAAGCAAUAACAAAAACAGCCAUCGAGCACUUUGGCAAAAUUGAUAUCUUGUUGAAUAACGGUGGCCGUUCCCAGCGAUCCCUGUGCUUGGAAACUGGCCUCGAUGUUUACCAGGCUUUAAUGGAACUCAACUACCCGGGGACAGUCUCACUGGCAAAGUGUGUGCUGCCUCAUCUGGUGGAGAUGAAGAGAGGGCAGAUUUUGACCAUCAGCAGCGUGGCCGGGUUGGCUGGAGUCCCUCUUGCUUCAGGGUAUUCUGCUAGUAAACAUGCACUGCAGGGAUUUUUCAACUCUCUCAGGUCUGAGCUGGUGGAUUUCCCAGAAAUUACAAUCAGCAGUGUUUGUCCAGGUCCUGUCCAGUCACAGAUCACAAAACAUGCUUUCACAGGAGACUUGGGAAAGGUAGUGCUUGGAUUGUCUGGAACUUUUGUGUGUUACUAUUCUUCUACUGGUUUACCCAGCCCUCUUUAUUGAGCCUCAGAAUACCACUGUUUAUGUCAGUAGCUGACCUCACCUGCUGUCGACUCGCAUAAUAGUAUGAUAUGUUCAGACGAGGAUCCAAAAGGAAAAAGCAACUGCAGCUAGCUGGCACUGGAGUAAUUCACUAGCCUGUUGUCGCCUUUCACAUAUAAUGGACGUGGUUGGAGUCUAUUAAAUUAGCCUCCAGUGGGCCUUAUUAGUCAAUUGUCAGUGUUUGCUUGAGCCCAGGACUGAAUGGCUGAAGGUGUUUAGGUCAGGAUUAAGGUGCAGUCUGUCACAGUGCACAGAGUGGACUAUAGCCAGUGAGAUUAGGAUGUAUUUUAUUGACCUAAACAAUUAGCUCCUCAGCAGCCUGAGAUUGAUAAAACCCUCCCCUCCCCUCAUAUUUUAACAUGGUUAAAUGGUUGCUUGUUGCUGUGUGUGUUGCUGUUUUGCACGGUACAGUAAAGGGCCAUCACAAUUGUUUCGGUUUCCCAGGUUACCUUUAGAUAAACAGAAAGGUGCUUUCAGGUGUACUGUUACCUGGUUUCAGAGUUUACAGUUUAGGUCCCUGUUUAUUAAACUUUCAUCUCUCCUGUUAUUUGAAGUCCAUUGUACCUCGCAUCCCUUGGUCAAUCCAGGGCAGCACUGUGCUUGUUCAGAGGGACUGUAGAGGACCUGUUUUCAGAACUACCUGUCCAGCACCUUUUCAGGAGCACUGAAAUUAAAAACCCUAAAACUUCUCACUCCUUUUGAAGCAGGUGCAAAGAGAUAGAUAAAAUAAUUUAAAACAGCAUGCAGAAUACACAAGAAACUUUAAAAGUCUGCAAUUUAGGGGGUCAUUGUUUUAGGGGGGAUUGUUUUUAAAGAUUUUACAUAAUCCUGUAUAAUGCUCUCAAAAGGGGGAGGGAGUAUAUUUUCCAUUUUCCUCUCCCUUAACUGGAACCCAGUUCUUCAGGGUAUUUUGUCAAUGAAUCCAGUCUGUGGAGAAAAACAUGGUAGAAAAAUGCAUUGCUUGCCUUAACAGCUUUAGUGUCAGCAGAAAUGGCUAUGGUAUUUAGGACUAUUACAUUUACUUUAUUAUAUCAAAGAUUACACCCAUGUUAUGCAACUGUAUUUCUUUAGAAUUUUGGCAUGGUUUUCUUUUGGCUCAGUUUGCUGUCUGAUCACAGUGAUUCAUUCAAGACUUUGACAAGAGAUACAUUGUUAAAAACGUCUAUUUUUACUUCUGGUGUACGAAUGAAGACCUUGUGAUUGGGUGUACAAAGUUGUGGAUGUUAUUAACCAUUAGAGAGGAAGUCUGUCUACCAUUCACUUUCAUUGUGAUUUCAUAUCCUGUUAUCUUACACCAAUCAUCACAAAGGCUCAAAAGCAGGUCUUUUCAAAGCCUUGAUUUUAGUUUGAAAAAGUCUAACUCGCUUAUCACACAGUAGAGGACUCGUAAAGUGAACAAGACAAGUACUUCCCUCGCUAGUAUAUAAACUUUAAAUAAAAAAAUUAAAAAACAGUAAUGAGUGUGAUAAUAUUUGUGAAAAUUUGAGGCAGUUAUGACCUACAGGUAGAGUGACAGAGAAAUCUGAUAAUGAAUAAUGCCUCUGUCAGGAGUGACUCGAUUUUGAAAUGAGGGUGACAGCUAGAACAAGAUCUUUUUCAUAAGUUCAUAUAAUUUGUAUUUAAAAAAAUAAAGUACAGUUCUCCCUCGCUAUAAGGCUCUUAGAUAGAACGCUUCUACAGCAUUUGGUGCUCAGCAUGGAUAUCUUGCUACAAAAUGAAAGUCAGGCCUAAAGAUACAAAAAUGAUUUUUGUUUUGUUUUUUUCUUUUGAUACUGAGAACAUUUCAUUCUUUGCGGGAUGAAGCACACCAUGGUCAUAACUACUUCACUUCUUCCCCUUGUUCUUCUUAAAAAUACCACUUGCCUGUCUGCAGAAGGGAAUUCUAUUGCCACAAUGUAAGAAUGAAUUAAUUAAGAUGUUCAGUUGAUGUCUCGGGAGCCUUUGUACAUACCAUUAAAACAAGAAAGCCCUGUUUUUACUUAAUGGCAAUGUGAGGUGUUACAUUGGGGGGGAUACAGCUAAACAACCAAGAGUGCUUAAUCUAUUUUGAAUGCAUUUUUCAACACUGAUUUAAUACUUUUUACUGAAGCCACAUCAAAUAUUAUUUGUGCUGAAUCACAUUCAGACUGGUCAUUAAACCUUUAACUGAAAAAAUAUGUACAUUUAAUUUUAUAUAUUACACAUUGUAAUUACCAAACUUGCAGUUAUGUGGAGUUACGGUAGAUUUAUUGACUGGUUUCUUUUACAAAUCCACUGUUUGCUGCUGUCUCUGACAAAUCCAGUUUUCAGUUUAACCAUAUGAUGAUAUCACAGAAGUGUUUUUACACAAGUGAGGGCUAAGCUCAACAGACACACUUUACAGCAACUACCAUUAACAAGCUAAUUUAUGUGUUUAUUUUUAAACAUGUACCUUUUGAUCAACAAAUAGUACAGUAAUUGCUGAUAACCCUGUAGUAAAAGACAGAUCUAGGCCUGUAAGCAGAUGCAAAUAGUUUGGGCCAUAUUCACAAAGUACUUACCCCAGUGCUAACUUUGCAUAUUUUUUUUUUAUUUUGUAAAGAAAAACAAACUGCUAAUUUUAUAGCAGGUGCUCCUUAACUUACCUUCACAGUUAUUGUAACAUCGGUGUCUCUUUUUCUUUUUCCUUUUUUUUAAAACUUAGCACCGGAGUUGUGAAUGUUUUACCCGAAUUUAAAAUCAUUUCAACUUGUGACAGAAAAUAGUUACAGUACAAAUGUCCUGUAAAAAAAAAAAAAAUAUAUAUAUAUAUAUAUAUAUA